CUUGAGGUCAACGAUGCUGGCAGCAUUUGCCAAAAUGUCGGCUGCAAGCGGUGUUGACGUGUUACAAGGGUAUUUUGAGGAUGUUAAAUCGGAGGUUUCCAAGCAAGAUCCCGUCGUCGUGGGAGUUGCUGUGGCAGUUAUUGUCAUCCUUUUCACGAUAGUUUUGCUGAAAUUGUUCAGAGGAAGUGGAAACAACCGUCGUUCUGUCCUUGUGCUUGGUCUCUGUGAAUCUGGAAAGACUCUCCUGUACAGCAGGCUUGUCCAUAAAAAGGCCAUUGAAAGCUACACAUCAAUCAAGGAGAAUGCUGGGCCAUAUCAGGUCACAGGACAAAGGUCAAUGUUACUAGAGGUCGUUGACAUCCCUGGCAAUGACAGACAAAGGAUACAGUUCUGGAAUCGAUUCAAGACCCAAGCAAGGGGAGUAGUUUUCCUGGUGGAUAGUUCAAGCAUACAGAAGGAUGUAAAGGAGGUGGCUGAGUUCCUCUACACGCUCCUGAGUGAUUCAACGACCACCAACCUCCACACCCCUUUCGUUGUUGCUUGUAACAAACAGGACAUCACCAUGGCCAAGUCUGCUAGGAUCAUCCAGAUUCUCCUGGAGAAAGAAAUGACUACUCUAAGAGUCACCAGAGCAGCCACACUAUCCAGCACAGACGGCUCGUCAGGUGACGCUAACACCUUCCUAGGAAAACAAGGAAAGGAUUUUGAUUUCUCCCAUCUCGCCAAUCCUGUGGAUUUUGUGGAAUGCAGUGCUAAAGGAAGCUCGGCGGAUGACGAAGGGGAGCUCAACACUGUCACUGAAUGGAUCUCAAAUCUAGUUUGAUUCCUGGUGUUAUGGUGCAGUCUCACUUUCAUGUAAAGCUUUGUUGACAUAAGGGAUGGGAUGAGACGUGGCUAACUUGUAAUCACUGCAUACAUUGUACAGUCAAACCUGUCUAUAGCGACCGCCCAAGGAAAACACAAAAAGUGGUCUUUGUAGACAGGUUCCUUUAGUACAUGUUUCAAUGAGAAACCAUUUUCAAGGGAAACAAAAAAAUGUGGUCUUUGUUGACAGGUGGUCACUAAAGCAGAUUUGACUGUAUGUGGAAGUUACCGGUCUAAUGUGUUGCAUAUUGCAAGGUAAAGUGGGAACAUCCAGGUAAAUUUUUGCCCUGUCCAAUUCGAGAGGAUCUAUUAUUUUGUUUUACUCCUGUUAUGGCUACAUGGGUGUUACCUGGAAAUUGUCUGAUCUUUCGUCGCAAAUGUGGGCAAUUUUCUAGGGGCCUAACCUUGCGAGUGCUUAACUAUCCUGUGACCCUGAAAGCAGGAGUAACAUAGUCUAUAGUACUCUAAUGAAAAAAAGAAAUAUCAACAUGCCACUUAUGGCUAGGCUUUACAUGAAUGCCUCAACACAUCAUUUAGGUGUUUAUCAGCAUCUGUCAAAUUAUGCAAAGAGAAUUUCCUUUUCUAUGUUCAUGUCUGCACCAUUGACUAUGGUAAUCUUUGUAGAGCCAUGUUCAUUUUCAGGAAUUGCUAGGUCAUUAUUAUCUAUCUGUUUUGGGGCAAUGAUUUGCUUGUUUAAUAGUCUCUAGGGAUCUGCUGCUGUUGUAUUGUAGUGUAUUGUAAAUCAUCUUGCCUAUCAAGAGGGCAUGGUGCCAUCUUGGAUUCUUGGUUAAUAUUGCAGACCUGAACAAAUUUUGUACAUUAUUCCAUUUGAGCAAUUUGGACAAGCACAUUCUAGAUCAGUUUCAUGUAAAUUGCAUGUGCUGUUUUUUUCUCAAGCUCCUGUCUUUUUCAUUUCUGUGUUAAAGUAUACGUUUCUUUGUAAGACUUUUUUUGUUUCCUCUGUCAUUUUGAAAAUGUUCAUUAAAACUGCACUGGCGUUAUUCCAGUGGUGCAAUUCUUUCCACAA